CGACCGAGAGAACUGACAUGAGUCACGGUGUCCAUUCGGACAACUGCCAGUUCCAGGACGACGGCAGCUGCCCGGUGCUCCACAAAAAAAUUGCCUGCCGAGACUUUAGCGCGGCCAUUUACUUGAGCGCUGCCUACGGAGGCGAGAUGGUCCUGGCGACGACACCACGGACCAGUAUCCGUGCCGUCAUCCCACCCAAGUGCGGUCGCAUUGUAGCCCUGAACAGCCGCAACCCACACGGAGUGCUACCCGUCUUCUCGGGACGCCGCUGCGCGCUGCUCACGUGGAUGACGUACCAGAGCGGUAAAGAAGACCCGUCGUUGUCGAAAUUCCGGAAGAUGGUGGGAUACGUGGACGGUGACGGGUACUUCCGCAACGCGAGCCAGUACUAAAUCAGCCCCAGCCAACACCAAGUUUGUUGCCCGCACAUAUCCCACGACUCUCUUUUCCAUGUGGCCUCUUGCGCCUGCCGCGCCGAUGAA